GUGCAGGCCGCCGUGGAGUCGCUGAACGCCGGAGCGGUGGAGGUAGUUGAGGGCGAGUCCGGGGCUGCGGCUGAAAGCGACUCCGAGUCGGACGACGAUUCCGAGGAGCUCGAGGACACCGGGGCGCUCGAGGACAAGGCCGAUCCCGCCGAUCCCGCCGAUCCCGCCGCCCCGGACGGCGAGCGGCAGGAGGGCGACCCAGAGUUGUGCAGCCAGACGGGCUGCGGGGGCCCGUUCAUGCCAGAAAGGAAGUGCCAGUGCAACCUUGGCUGCAAAGAUUUCAAGGACUGUUGCGCAGACUACGAGGAGGAAUGCGCCGCGGGCGAGCACUCCCACCACCACCACGACGCGCCCCCGCCGCCGCCGCCGAGCGAGUGCACGCCAAAGGUCGAGGGCCAGUGCGAGCUGCCCCGCAUCAUGGCACACCUGGGCGCCUCGGAGCCGCUGGCCUGCGUGUGCCCGCCCCCCCUGGUGCCGCACAAGAACGACAGCUGCAACGAGUGCUUGCCCGCAGAGGGGCCACUGCAGAUGACGUUCUACAUGUACCGGGCGCAAG